GUAUUAUGUAUUCCCCCUAAAUAAUACGAAUGAAUCUGAAUCCAGUUAUGGAUGAUAAUUCAACCACUAAGUGCAAAACUGACCUAGGUUACUUCACUCAUUCUAUUUUUUCCCCCUAUUCAUCCACAAAUUAGAAACAGCACUGGUAUUAAAUGCAUAGUUGAAGCAAACAGCCAAUCAACCCCGUGGGUGGCUAGGAUCCUACCUAACGUAUUUACCUAACCUAACGUAUUACAAGACGCAGGCGCUUACGUCUUUUAUCCAGCCAUCAUUACGUUCUAGCUUUGUUCUAGCAGCUAGGUUAGCAGGUUAAUAAUUAGGAGCGAAAAGAGCAAGAGCAUCAUCAUCUCCACUGUAGCUUAGGUUAGGUACUUACUAUAGCUGUUAUGUCGGGUGUAUUCAACUGCCCCUUUUGCGGAUACAAGGAUUCCGUCGAAUACAGCAUCCUACUUCACCUGGAGGCCCAUCAUAGCGAGGGCAAAUCCCCGUUCAUACCGGAUGAAACACAUAAUGCUGCUAGGCCGGGGGUAGAAGCUACCGUCGCUAAGGAAGAGCUUACCGAGUAUUUCCAAUGCCCGGUCAAGAGCUGCGGUGAGAUCUUGCACCUAGAUAGGCUGGACGACCACCUCGAAUUGCAUAACGCGGAGCUGGUCGGCAAUGCGGCUGAAGGAUCGAAUACUGGCGAGCUAGGGAGUGCGUCGUCGGAGAGCGGCUCUCAAUCUUCUUCUACGCGAACUCCGGGACCCAGCCGAGCCAAGCCCGACGUACCGGUCGGCCCUGUCCCGAGCGCGCUACCGCUCAACACGACCGGAGACUACCACAUAAAAUCAUCCAAGCCAGUCAGGAGACUUGGAAAAAAAGAACUCGGCGCGUACUACAACGAGGAGAGAAUGCCGCGCUGGCUCGAGGAUUUGCUGAGGAAACGCGGGUAUAAGAGCUCAAAAGGCGUAAUACCCGUCCUCGCACAGCUUCUGCAUCAGAACAAGUAUACGCAAUACGCGUAUCUCUGUCACCCGGAAACACAACACAUUUCCAAGCUUAGAAGCGAGGGCAGCUUCUGCGGUUACAGGAAUAUCCAGAUGCUGAUAUCGUAUAUCGUCGGUACGAGCACGACGGGCGCUGCGGCUUUCAAGAACACUAUCCCGAGUAUCUUCCAGAUCCAGGAUCUCAUCGAGAACGCCUGGGAUCAGGGUAUCCACGAGGAUGGCCGGACGGAACUCGGUGUGCUUAGAGGCACUCGUAAGUAUAUCGGAACACCCGAGGCCCAGACGCUGUUCGCAAGUUUAGGCAUACAAUGGGACAUGCAAACGUUCAAGAACCGCCCGGGAGAACCGUCUACUGCUUCGGAGAACAGGAUGUACGACGCCGUGGAAGAGUAUUUCGCGACAGUGCCAAACGUCAAUAUGCAAAAUAAGGUCCGCAACACGAUGCGGCCACCGAUUUAUCUACAGCAUCAGGGCCACUCCAUGACCAUCAUCGGCAUAGAGCGCCAGCCCAGCGGCAACCGGAACCUGAUCGUUUUCGACCCGUCCUAUGGGGACCCGUCCAACAUCACGCGACACCUCGACGGCACGAGGCCCGUCGAGCAUAACCACCACCCAGACCGUGCGCUCAAGCUCUACCGCCGCGGCCCGAGGUACCUGAGCAAGUACCAGGCUUUUGAACUCAUGAGGCUAAAAGAGUAAUCCAUCAUCUUCCAACUUUGAAAUUUUCUUCUUCGGUCGCGUGACCGAGUCAACUACCUAAUCCCGGCCGGCACAGCAGACAUUUUUCGUAGUCGGAUAUCUUCGGCGUCUAAGGAGGCGGGUCAUAACGGCGUUAGAAUAUCAAGCAUGCCGUAUUGUAUCCAAGUAGGUUAACAUGCAAGUUAAGUGUUCCGAUAGCUUGAAUCGAGGCGGCUAGUGAGGGUUUAGAAAUGUAAAAUGCUUUAUUCGUCUAUUCAUCCUUUGGUAGCCGAGAUCCGUACGGGAUUUCCUCGCGCGUGAGUAUGUCUAUGUGGUAGUGGUAGGUAUCAUAUGGAGAUCUAAGUCAACUGUGCGCAUCUAAGCGCCCCCUUUACGCCUUCAUACCGCCGCCCUCGAUCCACGCGCGCAGCUUCUCGAGCGCCUUGAAGCGGUGGGAGAUCUUGUUCUUGGCGGCCUUGUCCAUCUCGGCGUAG